UAAAAUUUCCACUAUCGCAUGUACCUUCGUCCGCCUCACUCGUUCGCUCCUCUCGCCGAUCUCCUCUGCGGUGCACCUUCCCGGCGUUGAUCUCUCCCUCUUCUUUUCUGAAGACAAGUAUCUUCCUAUUUCUCUGAAGGAGAAGUGGAGGCGGCGUGCCCGGGAAGCCAGGGGACCCGCGACUAGCGAGCCCUAGAUUCUUCGUUGCUGCCGCUGCCAACAUCGCUGGCCUAGCCACCUCCUCCCUGCCGCUGACGCAAGCCGUCAUCUCCCUCCGCCGUUGUCGCAGGCCAAGCUGCCUCCACUCGCUGUAAAUAUUGAGAAUUUUCUGUGAGACAUCUGGGAUAUUCCUUGUCAGAAACCCUCCCUGUCUCUGUCUUAUUAGAGGCAGGAGUGCACGAUGCAGAUACAGGUAAAGUGCAACUGUGGUGAUGGGAAAUGCCCUGAGUGGGCGAUAAUUGAACUCCAGGGUGUUGUUGAAUCCCAGUUAGCUAUCAGUGAUCAGAUCAAUGGUCUUGAGAUUGGACAUCUCUGCUGCUCUUCGUCGUCUUCUUCCUCUCAGCUAAGCUACAUCUUCACUGUUGGUUACCAUGAACUCUCUGGCACAAAAGUACAGUUGAAGAAACCACUAUUGGUGUUAAAGAAAAAGGCAGCAGUAGAUGCUGCAGGGCCUGAAUUUCCUGCUUCCUCUGCCACAGAACUGGAAGUCAUUGGAAUCAUUCGCCAGAAAAUCCUGUUCAAGACUAGACCCAAAGCACUGAUAUCACGGGCACAGGCAAAGAAACUUUCAUGAUAAGGCAACCAUCCAAAGAUCAGAUGCUCCUAUCAUUCAACUCCAUGUAGAUUUUGGACUCUGAAGCGACGACCAUAUGGGAAAGCAUUAAGAGGCCAAGAAGAGGGGUGUAUGCUUGUGUGCAGUCGCUCGCUUCUUAGUGCAUUUGCAUUUUUGUGAAUUCAUCUGUCGGCGUUAUGCAUAUUUGCAUUGCUAUAGGCACUUGCACUUGUCUCUUUCCUGUCGUAUUCUUUUCGCUUCGCGUAUGCACGAGGCUUAGUUCUGCAGUCGUCCAUCUAAAACAGCCUUCUUUGCAGAUCAAAGAAUGUUAUUUCUCGUUUUAUAUGAAACCAUCAACUCGUGUGUAAUCAAAAUCAUACGUGUGAUAAAGGAACUAAUAGUAAAGGAUUCCUUAUUCUA